AUGGGCCGGGCGGGCAGGGUGCUGCGGCUGCUGGCGCUGCUGGAGCUGCCCUGCUGCCUGCUGGAGCUGCUGCUCGGGGACGCGGCCCGCGGGCAGGAGAUGUACGCGCCGCACUCCAUCCGCCUGGAGGGGGACAUCACCCUGGGCGGCCUCUUCCCCGUGCACGCCAAGGGCCCCCCGGGCUCCCCCUGCGGGGACAUCAAGAAGGAGAACGGCAUCCACAGGCUGGAGGCGAUGCUCUACGCCCUGGACCAGAUCAACAGCGACCCGGAGCUGCUGCCCAACGUGACGCUGGGCGCCCGCAUCCUGGACACCUGCUCCCGGGACACCUACGCGCUGGAGCAGUCCCUCACCUUCGUCCAGGCGCUCAUCCAGAAGGACACCUCCGACGUGAGGUGCACCAACGGCGAGCCGCCCGUCUUCGUCAAGCCGGAGAAAGUAGUUGGAGUGAUCGGGGCGUCGGGAAGUUCCGUGUCCAUUAUGGUGGCCAACAUCCUCCGGCUGUUCCAGAUCCCACAAAUCAGUUAUGCCUCAACCGCCCCCGAGUUGAGCGAUGACAGGCGCUAUGAUUUCUUCUCACGGGUGGUUCCUCCAGAUUCCUUCCAAGCACAAGCAAUGGUGGACAUUGUGAAAGCUUUGGGAUGGAAUUAUGUAUCCACUUUGGCAUCUGAAGGGAAUUAUGGAGAAAAAGGAGUCGAGUCCUUCAUGCAAAUUUCCAGAGAGGCAGGCGGGCUCUGCAUCGCCCAGUCCCUGAAGAUCCCCCAGGACCGCCGGGACAAGAGCAUCGACUUCGACAGGAUCAUCCGGCAGCUGCUGGAGACGCCCAACGCCAGGGCCAUCGUCAUCUUCGCCAACGACGAGGACAUCAAGCAGAUCCUGGCGGCCGCCAAGAGGGCGGAUCAGGUGGGACACUUCCUGUGGGUGGGCUCCGACACCUGGGGCUCCAAGGUGAGCCCGCUGCUGCAGCAGGAGGACGUGGCCGAGGGAGCCAUCACCAUCCUGCCCAAGAGAGCCACCAUCGAGGGCUUUGACACCUAUUUCACCUCCCGCACCCUGGAGAACAACAGGAGGAACGUGUGGUUUGCCGAGUACUGGGAGGAGAACUUCAACUGCAAGCUGACCAUCACUGGCUCCAAGAAGGAGGACACAGACCGUAAAUGCACAGGGCAGGAGCGCAUCGGGAAGGACUCUCACUACGAGCAGGAGGGGAAGGUGCAGUUCGUGAUCGAUGCCGUGUACGCCAUGGCCCACGCCCUGCACCACAUGAACCGCGACCUGUGUGCCGACAGCGCCGGGCUGUGCCCCGAGAUGGAGCACGCCGGGGGCAAGAGGCUGCUCAAGUACAUCCGCAGCGUCAACUUCAACGGCAGUGCUGGCACCCCAGUGAUGUUCAACAAGAACGGGGACGCCCCGGGGCGCUACGACAUCUUCCAGUUCCACAGCAGCAACACCAGCACGCCCGGCUACCGCCUGGUGGGCCAGUGGACAGAUGACCUCCAGCUCAACAUCGAGGAGAUGCAGUGGGGAGGCGGGGUGCGUUCCGUGCCGCCCUCGGUGUGCAGCCAGCCGUGCCGGCCGGGCGAGAGGAAGAAGAUGGUGAAGGGGAUGCCGUGCUGCUGGCACUGCGAGCUCUGCGACGGCUACCAGUACCAGGCCGACGAGGUCACCUGCCUGCUGUGCUCCUACAACGAGCGGCCCAACGAGAACCGCACCGGCUGCCGCUCCAUCCCCAUCAUCAAGCUGGAGUGGCACUCGCCCUGGGCCGUCAUCCCCGUCUUCCUGGCCAUGCUGGGGAUCGUCGCCACCAUCUUCGUCAUGGCCACCUUCAUCCGCUACAACGACACGCCGAUCGUGCGCGCCUCGGGCCGCGAGCUCAGCUACGUGCUGCUGACGGGCAUCUUCCUGUGCUACAUCAUCACCUUCCUGAUGAUCGCCAAGCCCGACGUGGCCGUGUGCUCCUUCCGCAGGAUCUUCCUGGGGCUGGGCAUGUGCAUCAGCUACGCGGCCCUGCUGACCAAGACCAACCGCAUCUACCGCAUCUUCGAGCAGGGCAAGAAGUCGGUGACGGCGCCCAGGCUGAUCAGCCCCACCUCGCAGCUGGCCAUCACCUCCAGCCUGAUAUCGGUCCAGCUGCUGGGCGUCUUCGUUUGGUUCGCGGUUGACCCGCCUAACAUCAUCGUAGAUUACGAUGAGCAGAAAACUAUGAACCCCGAUCAGGCCAGAGGAGUGCUCAAAUGUGACAUCACGGAUCUACAGAUCAUUUGUUCCUUGGGUUAUAGCAUUCUGCUCAUGGUGACGUGCACUGUGUAUGCCAUCAAGACUCGGGGGGUCCCGGAGAAUUUUAAUGAAGCCAAACCCAUUGGAUUCACUAUGUACACUACCUGUAUAGUAUGGCUUGCCUUCAUUCCAAUAUUUUUCGGCACUGCCCAGUCAGCCGAAAAGCUCUACAUCCAGACCACCACGCUCACCAUCUCCAUGAACCUGAGCGCGUCGGUGGCGCUGGGGAUGCUCUACAUGCCCAAGGUUUACAUCAUCAUCUUCCACCCCGAGCUCAACGUGCAGAAGCGCAAGCGCAGCUUCAAGGCGGUGGUGACGGCGGCCACCAUGUCCUCGCGCCUGUCCCACAAGCCCAGCGACCGCCCCAACGGCGAGGCCAAGACCGAGCUCUGCGAGAACGUGGACCCCAACAACUCCAUACCAGCAGUAAGAAAGAGUGUUCAAAAGUCUGUUACUUGGUACACUCUUCCACCUACUGCAUAGCUUUUGCCUGCUUUCCAAAAAGGCCCUGCUGCAAAAAAGAAGUACGUGAGCUACAACAACCUGGUGAUCUAGGCCCAGCCGCCGUGGGCCACGGGCCCGCCCGCCGCGCUGAGCUCCCCGCACGGGG